CGAUGAUUCUGCAGAUACCUGAAAUACAAAUGUAAAUAUGUCAUUGGGAAUGUCAAUUUCUUCCUACUUUGGAGUAAGGAAUCCCAUUUCUCAAGGCAUCCCAGAAUAUUAACUCAGCCAUUAUCCAUCUCCUGUGUUGAAUGUCACACUUCAAACCAUGAAUACUACAGGAAGCUGAUAAAUACCUAGCUUGCUCUGCAUGCACUUGCCACCCCAAAAGCCAAAAGCAAAAGCACACCAAAAAGAAAAGGCAACAGCAUCAAAACCCAAAAAACAAAUCACCCACAACACACAGAAAAUGGGAAGCAAGAAACUGAGAUUGUUUUGCAUUGUGGUGGCCUCACUGGCCGUGGCAACAAUGGCAACAAUGGAGGAUGAUGAGGAGUGUGCAGACCAGAUGGCGGACCUUGCGGCUUGCAUUCCAUUUGUGAGUGGAACGUCGAAGAAACCAAUGCCGGAGUGCUGUGAAAACACCAAGAAAUUGAAGGCCAACAAACCAAAGUGCUUGUGUGUUCUCAUCAAAGAAAGCACUGACCCUUCCAUGGGGCUUCCUGUCAAUACCACUUUGGUUCUCCAGAUGCCCUCAGCUUGUGACAUUGAUGGCAAAAUCUCUGAUUGCCCAAGUAUAUUGAAUCUGCCACCAAAUUCCCCCGAUGCAAAGUUUUUCAAAGAAGCAGAUUCAAAUUCUAGCACAUCCCCUACAAGUAACGGUCAUGAGUCUCCACCCACUUCAGCUUCUGCUGCUGCUGCUUCUUCCUCCACGUCCGAUUCAAAGUCAUCAGGCUCGAAAGCGACUCCAAGCAGCACCAACAAUGGAGCAGGACUAAUGAAGUCGACUGAGACUGGAUUUUUGUUGGUGGUGUCAUUGGUUUCCAUGGCAUUGAUGUUCAACUGAUCAUUAGAGGUUCUGUAAGGAAAUAUAUUUUUGGUUAGGUAUCAGCUGGUUUGUAACACCUUGGUUUCCCUUUACGAUUUUUAUCAUAACAAAUUGAAUAACAACAAUAAUAUUUACGGGCUCUCUAGUAAAU